GACACAGUUCACUGUAAUUCUGCUAAAACUGCAAAAUGAUAAAACUACACCUGGGCUUGUUUGGCAAUCGAUCUCCGGCUGUGAACGUUAUGACAGUCGACGUGUUACUGAUUGUCCUGUUUGUAUCAGGUGCUUUGGCUGGUUGUACUAAUGAAGCAGCACUCUUCAUCACUGCACCAAAGAAGCUGGAAGCACUGAGUGGAUCUUGUUUGCAAAUCCCAUGUAGCUUCAGACCCAAAGACGAACAGAAAUUUAACAGCACAAGAAAAAUCUUUGGAGUGUGGAUUAAAAAUCAACCUGAAUUUGGCAAAAAUCCAAACAAUGUGAUCUUCAACAGUAAUGGAGCAGUUAGCAUCUAUCCAAUGAGUAUUACUGGGAACCUGAGUCAGAGAGACUGCACCACUCUGUUUUCUGAUUUAACCACAAACUACACAGACACAUACUUCUUCAGAGUAGAGACAGAAACAUUCAAGGCAACAGCUGGGUGUGAUCCUCUUCAAAUAACAGUCAGAGAUUCUCCUUGGAGGCCCAAUAUUACAAUCUCAGGUGAUCUGAAGGAGAAGGAGUCUGUCACUAUAACCUGCUCAGCUCUCACUCCCUGUCCACACUCCCCUCCUCAACUCACCUGGAAUCUCCAACAAGACUCUCACAGCAAAAUAGAGGAAAACACAGAUGGAAGCUUUACAACUAAAAUCCAGCAGACCAUCACUCUGUCAGACACACAUGAUGGAAAGAAGAUCAGCUGCUCUGCCAGAUAUCCUGUGAACCAAGGAAAAGACACCAAGACAGCAGAGACAGAAGAGACUCUCAGUGUUUCAACUGAAAAACUGGUUGGUGUCUACACUAUAGUAAAGAUUGUGGGAAUCGUAAUGCUUGUCAGCACACUGGGGAUCUUUGAGUGCUGGUUCAGAUCAAGACGCUCCAACAAUCCAGAGACAGAAAUCUGUCAGAUGAGCAGAGUCACAUCACAACACAUCAACUAAAGUUUCUGCAGGACAAACUCCACCUUAAAAUACCAUUUAAUUCACUGCAGUGUUUAAAAAUUAGUGGAAACUUUACAUCUUUGGAUAUUUCUUUUUAUUUUGAUGUUCAACAGCUGGACAUGACCAUCAUACUCUGAGUACAGAGAUGGUAUUACAAAAAUGUCAUUCCUCAAACCAGUGCUGUCUUCCCAGAAGUGAACUGUUCAGUCUUACAUCUGUAGGGUCGCAUUUAGUCAGUGGAACAAAAUGUGGUGUGAGCGCAAUCCUCAGAUGGUGCUGAUAGGUGUGGUUAGAUUUACAGCCGCAGUAAAACUGACCAUGGGAGGUAGAUACCUUCUCUCUUUAAAUAUUCCCGGCUUA